ACUCUGCCAAAAAAUAUCCCCACGAAGAAGUAUAAACCCGGAAGUGACGUACAGUGCAGAAUCAAAACAUUUGACAGCUCGGCAGAGUCCCGCAAAAAGGUUUAUAAAAUGCAAUGGGAAAUGUUACUGCCAGUGUCAGAAACAAACUGCACUAUUUAAACAAAGAGUUUAGAAACUGGGGCGACUUUGUAGCGGACUGUCGAGGAAUGCUAAUUCGAGGAAAAGGUACUUUUGGCUAGUUUUAUCUGGCUGCUCCAGCUGGUUAGCUUCCACGGCUAACGAAAGUUGCUCCAUGGCUCUCUAUGGGCUGAACAUUACCAUAUAUAGACCGGCCACAGAGCUCCCUCGCCGGUGAAAUGUAAACGGUGACUCGCUGAGGAGGCUGACAAAAGGGGCAAGCAAAAACAAAACUCAACACUCGCUAGCUUCACCAUGUCAUCUGACCAGAUCAUUGCCAUCGUCAUGGAUGACAAAAUCUACGAGGUGAACAAGAAGAAGCUGAUAGAGAAGAGCGACUACUUCCGUGCACUGUACAGCUCCGGGAUGAGGGAGUCCACGGAGGACUCUGUGCAGCUGCAGGGACUCAGCGUCCCCGGCCUGGAGCUGGUCCUGGAGUUCAUCAACACCUCCAAGGUGCAGGUGGUCAACGAGACUCUGGAGGACCUGAUUGAGACCGCCUCCUUCCUGCAGGUCACCUCCAUCCUCAAGCUGCUCACCUCGGAGAUCCGGCUGGACAACUGCGUGGAGCUGUUCAGCCUAUCUGAAGUGUACGGGACUCACGAUCUGCGUAACGCCUGCCUCAAAUACAUGAGCUGCUACUACCACCCGAUGCUGAGGCGGCCAGAGUUCAGCAGCCUCCCCUCCGCUGUCAGAGACCAAGUCCGGGAGAUGCGCAUGAAAGGCACAGCAACCCUGGUGGCCAUCGGGGACUUCACCUGCCUCUCCCUGGACGUGCCCGACCAGGAUGAGCCCUGGUCCAUGCUGAGGUACGGGGAGAUGGAGCAGCGCUGGAAACCGCUUGCAAACAACCUGCCUCCAGACAUGAUAAACGUGAGGGGAUACGGCUCAGCUGUGCUGGAUAACUACUUGUUCAUAGUGGGAGGAUACAGGAUGACCAGCCAGGAGAUCUCAGCAGUGCACUGCUACAACCCCUGCAGGAACGAGUGGAACCAGGCGGCUCCGCUCAACCAGAAGAGGUCCAACUUCAAGCUGCUGGCAGUACAGGGGAAGAUGUACGCUGUCGGAGGCCAGAGUCUGGGCACGGUGGAGUGUUACAGCCCAGAACACGACUGGUGGACCUGCGUGUCGUCGAUGCCCGACCCGCUGGCCGAGUUCUCUGCCUGCGAGUGUCAGGGGAUGAUCUACGUCAUGGGAGGAUACACAGCAAGAGACAGGAACACAAGUGUUCUCCGUUACUGCCCCACCUCCGACUCCUGGUCAGUAUUUCGAUCCUGUUCGGCCCACAUCCGCAAGCAGCAGAUGCUCUCCGUGGAGGACACCAUCUACCUGGUGGGCGGCUACACCCACGAGCUGGAGACGGGCCAGCGGCAGCGGCGCCCAAGCCAGACGGAGGACGUGCUGACGGUGCAGUCCUACAACGUCACCACGGGCGAGUGGAUCCAGCUGAAGGAGAACACGUCCAAGUCGGGCCUGAACCUGACGUGCACGCUGCACAACGACGGCAUCUACAUCAUGAGCCGGGACGUCAGCCUGCCCACCAGCCUGGAGCACCGCGUCUUCCUCAAGUACAACAUCUUCUCCGACGCCUGGGAGGCCUUCAGGCGCUUCCCGGCUCUGGGUCAGAACAUGCUGCUCUGCUCGCUUUACCUCCCCAACGUGCUGUGAGGAAGAUGGACGGAUUGUGGAGCCCGUGUGGCGGUAAUAUAGGCCAGUGUGUGGCUUGCUUGUGCUCCCGCCGAAUGGGGCUCUGUGGCAUUAGUGGGAACAGUGUUCGGUUGCCAGGUUUGAACGCCUCGUGACCUUUGUGCCUGAAAAAAAAAAAAAAAGCGCACUACAUUGUACAUUCUGCUGUGGAUGCAAAUAAUGCAAAUACAAAAGCUACAAUGACUAGUAUGAAAGUGAUGAAGCGCUAUGGCCCGUAGGUCAACAGCAUCAUAACAGCUAGCCUCAGUUUGUGCCUCUCAUGUUUUAACAAUAACCUCUUUAGGGUUAGACCAAAAUAACUUCUCAUUUGUUUGAACUGAUGUAGUUUCGGUUGUGUUUUACCCACAUUUUAAACAAGAACAUAUGCAGAAACUAGAAGAUGUAACCUUUCAAAUGAAACUUCAUACAUGCAUUUUGGCCUCACAGUUCUUCUGUUACAAGCUUUGGCUCCUAAUUGUUUAGGUCUAACCCUAACCUGUUUAAGAGGUUAAAAUCACAGUGGUAAUCUUAACAUUUCUCUGAGGUAUAAUUACCUGGAAGCUUUAAAAACCCAAUAGGUUGUUAAAAACACUCCUGAAGUAAUGCCACCAUCUCCUGAGACUUUCUUAACCAUCUGGAAGAUGAAAUAUUUAAUCUCCUGCACAAUUAUUUUUAACUUGUUUUACAACAUUGUUGCCUUUCCAGGUGGCUAUCCAGGUUGCCAUGUUUGGAAACAGAUUAGCAGCUUGGGAAACAUGUGAAAAAUCUUAAUUAUUGUGCAGCAGAUUAUUUUGCACCCAGAUGGUUGUAAGAAUCUUAAAGGAUUCUGGAAAUAUCUACACAACAGUGUUAACUGUUAUUUAACGACCCUCUGUGUGUUUUAAACCUCACCGGGCCGGUAAGCAUUAAUACAACAGAUGGUUACCACUGUGUAAUGUAAUGCUGAUACAUGAGAGGCACACACACACUGCGGUUACAUAACAGCAUGCUUUUAAAUCUAUGGGCCACGAUAUUACCAAUGUUUACACUCCAGAUAUGGCAUUGGCAUACAUGUUUAUCCAUAACUCACUACAAACCUUAAAAUAUCUCGGAAACAAAACAUUUCCUGUCUUUAUGAACUGUACAUAGCAGAUAAUCAUGAUAAAUGGCUUUGGUUUUACACUGCCAGUUUUAAUGGGAAUUCCUUGAAAGUCAUUGUGUGGGAUGAGGAGUGGCUCAGAGGGAGCUUCAUGUGUUGUUUGUACACUUGCACAGUCUUAUUUUCCAGAGAUACACUAAGCAACGCUUAAAGCGCAAUUCCAUGAAAUAAAUGAUGCACAUGUGCCUUCUGCAACCUCAGUUCAUGAGACUUGAUACAGAAAAAAAAAGCACAAAAUGCAAGACUUUGUUACAUUGCCAGCAACUGACCAAAACUGCUGUGUUUGAUUUUGUUUUUCCUUUCUGCUAAAGCAGAUUUUGUGUUCAUUAAAGGUACUUUUCAGUUCCUUUUGUUAAGUAUUCAAGGUGUGCAGACACGAGAAAUGAGCCUCAAAGCGACAUUUAUUCCUGAAACUGAAAGUUUUGGGGAAACGCAGCACUUUCAAUGUUUGAUUUGGUGGAUUUCAGAUUCUCUGCAUUAUUUGUUUGACGGUUUGGGAAUUUAGGUCAUGAUAAUAAAGAUGAUGUUCAGGG